AUGCAGACGGUACAAAGUGUGGUGCUGCAGCACCUCCGCCUCCGCGUGGCGCCUGCCAUUGCUGCACGUGGAGGCAGCGGGAGGCCGUCGCUGUACGGGUUCGCUCGGGGGAUGAGCGCGCCGGCGGGCCAGGAGGACAGUAAGGGAAGCAGCAACUCCGACCCCGAGAGGGACAUCAGGACGCGCGUCGUCAACCUGGUGAAGAAGUUCGAUAAGAUCGACGCCGACAAGGUGACUGAGACUGCAGACUUCCUGAAGGACCUCAGCUUGGACAGCUUAGACUGGGUGGAACUUGUUAUGGCUUUUGAACAAGAGUUCUCCAUUGAGAUUUCUGAUGACAAGGCUGACAAGCUAACCUGCUGUGCGGAUGUUGCAAAAUACAUCAUAUCGGAAUCUCAAAUCAGUGAUAAAAAUACCAGUGGCUCCUGA